AUGGACGAACAGGACAAAAACAGCAGUCGCCGCUCGGCGCGAUCGACUGCGCAUCACGCGACGACGAACAAUACCACGACGAACGCGACCACUGCGAAUGCGGCGGCGCAAAAUGCGAACAACAACAACAACAACAACAACAACAUUAAUAACACCGCGAAGGGAACGACGACGAUUCAGACGACGGGAAAAGAAGAGAAACAACAUCCCAUCAUUCACUACCGAAUAGGGGAGAUUUUAACCAAGCAUUUCGCGAGGAAGCUUAUGAAAAAGGACGGCGGAGACGGAGGGGAAGACGCGGAGGAGGACGACACUAACAUCUUCGAGGUACGAAUUCCGGCGGAGUGUGCGGUGUCCACCAAUCGACAAGUGCGGGGACAUCAGCUUUGGGGGACGGACGUGUACACGUCGGAUUCGGAUUUAGUCGCGGUUUUAAUGCACUGCGGGUAUUACGUUCCGAGUUUACAAGUGCCUCCGAGUUUGUUGGAGAUUCGCGCGCUCGUUCGGCGGGUGGACGACGUGUCGGACGAGUUUCGGAGUUCGAGCAGGAACGGUAUUCGAAGCCGAGCGUGGGGGAAGAGCGGAUUCGCGAAGAAGAAGAAGAUGAUGAGGAGCGGCGGAGAAAAGGCGGCGGCGCCGGCUUCAGAGGCGGGCGUAAAAAAGGAAGAAAAGAAGGACGUCGAAGACGGUGAGAACGGUUCUGGCGGUGCGAACGGCGGGGAAGGUGCCGCGGCGGCGCACUUGCAAAGCAACAACGGUGUUUUGCAAACCUCCAACGGGCAAAUAAUCAACGCGGAUGAUUUCGGGAUGGUUGUAGAAUCCGCGGUGGCGGUGACGGUGAAUCAACAAAUCAUCGAGUUGACGCCAACAGCGUCGGAAUCGUUGAGGUAUAUGGUGGUCCCAACGUUCGUUCCGGAAGAUAAGGAACGCGCGCAGAGAACGCGGGCGGCGUCUAACGCCAACGUCAACGUCGCCAGGAAGAAGAGGAUGAUACGAGAAGUGACGGUCUUGUACAACUUGUGCAACGAACCGUGGUUGAAGUAUUCCAUGGCGGCGGUGGCAGAUAAAGGGUUUAAGAAAUCUCAGUGGACGUCUGCGAGGUUACGCAGAGAUACGUUGUAUAUGGAAACGAAAGACGAACGGUAUCAGUUAUCCUGGGUGAAAGGUAAAGGCAAGGACGAAAACGAAGGCUCCUAUCAAUUCGCAAAGUGUAAACGAGCGUUACCGCUGGAAGAGAUGCGAAAGAAAGGCAUUCCGUUACCGAAAGACGAGUUGAAAGACGAGAUUAAGAAUUUGAGUUGGAACGAAAUAAAGUUUGGCGUGAGAGGAUUGAAAGUGAAAGAGAGUGAGUAUCCAGUCACGAGGUUGCAAUUUUUGGCGCAAACGGCUUCCUCCGCCUUUUAA